AUGCCCUUGACCAGUCCCAGUAUUCGACUCGCCGUCCGCUCUGCCAGUUCAGCGACGACACGUUCCGCCUUCCACAGCAGCUCACGAGCUCGUCUAGCUCUCAGUCAACGAAGAAGCAUGGCAGCCGCCAUCACACAAGAGGGUGUCGAGAAGGCCGCAAAGGACCUCAGCAAUGGCCACACCAACGUCAACAACUGGUCGGCCCCUGGAGGUGCCGCCUUCGACUUUCGUUCAGAUGUCAUGACUCGCCCGACGACUCGCAUGCUCGAAGCCAUUGCCGCAACCACGCUCCAAGACGAUGUCUUUAUGGAAGACCCCACGUCCAAUGACCUCGAGACUUUCAUUGCCGACUUGACCGGCAAAGAGGCUGCUCUAUUUGUCUUGUCGGGUACCAUGGGCAACCAGGUUGCCUUGCGCACACAGCUCUUGGCCCCUCCUCAUGCUGUCCUCACCGACCACCGAUCCCACAUUGUACAGUGGGAGGCUGGCGGUGUCGCCAGCAUGUGCGGUGCUCUGAUACAGGCCGUCGUACCCGCAAACAACAAGUACCUGACCUUGGAAGACAUCAAGAAACAUGCUGUUAUAAGCAAUGAUAUCCACGCUUGUCCGACAAAGGUCCUCAGUUUGGAAAACACGCUUAACGGCAUUGUGACUCCUCUCCAAGAGUUCCAGCGCAUCAGCGCCUGGGCCAAAGAGAACGAUAUACUCAUGCAUCUUGAUGGUGCUAGGCUGUGGGAGGCUGUUGCCUCGGGUGCUGGCUCUCUCAAAGACUAUUGUGCUUGUUUCGAUUCCAUCUCGCUCUGUUUCAGUAAAGGCCUAGGUGCGCCCAUCGGCAGUAUACUCGUGGGAACAAAGCAGUUCCGCGAGCGAGCCCGAUGGAUCAGAAAGAGCAUUGGCGGUGGCUUGCGUCAAGCAGGCGUCGUCACCGCUGCUGCUCGUGUCGCUGUUGAGGACACUUAUCUCGGAGGCAAGUUGUCCGCCAGCCAUGACAGAGCACGCCAGAUCGCUGCAAUGUGGGAAAAGCUGGGCGGUAAGACAUCGAAUCCUGUUGAGACCAAUAUGUGCUGGCUGGAUCUAGACGCUGCUGGAAUCAGUGUCCCGGAUUUUAUUGCAGCUGGUGAAAAAGUUGGCCUGAGGCUCGGAGGUGGUCGCCUUGUUGUACACUACCAGAUCGAUCAAGAAGCCGUGACACGAUUAGAGACUCUCAUGAAGGCUGUGCUUCAGGGCAAGAAGCUGGAGGGCACAGUCGACAUUGACCCAGAGGACAUGAACAUCAAGGUUGAGUAA